CAGGAUUCGCCGAGUCCCGUCCCAGCCCACCAAGGCUAACAGGCCUAAAGGCCUGUCCUGGAGGUCGUCAAUAUGGUUUGCAACCCUAGUCGUAGGCUUUGGAGUGUGCACGGAUUUGAUCACAUACUCGGUCGUUAUCCCUGUUCUUCCAUUCAGGCUAGAGCAACUUGGGUAUACCGGUGUGUCAGCCCUAGUCGGCUACAUUCUCUUUGCAUAUUCCGGGGGGCUCGUGAUUUCAUCGCCUCCCAUUGCUUGGUUGUGUGAGAGAUAUAAUACGAGACAGCUACCCUUCGUGGUGGGGAUGUUAUUCCUCAUGGGGUCACAGGUCCUUUUAAUGGAAGCUCCGGCGUACUGGGUGAUGUGUCUUGCUCGUAUCAUUCAAGGCGUGAGCUCGUCAGUGGUAUGGGUCGCGGGCCUCGCUUUGUUGUGCGAGACGGUCCCUGAAGCCCAUGUAGGCCGUCAGCUCGGAUUGGCUAUGACUGGCCUUUCACUUGGAGUCCUUGUCGGCCCACCUGUUGGAGGUGCUCUCUAUCAUACAUUCGGGUACAGAGGCCCUUUCAUUUUCGGUAUCAUCGUUAGUGUUAUAGACCUAAUUGGUCGGCUCCUUAUUAUCGAACGAAAGGAUGCUCUACUCUGGGGUAUAGACCCGGCGAGCUUACCGGAGCCGGAUCAAGAACAGAACGCGCAACCUGAUAAUACGGACGUCCGAGAACCACAGGAAACCAAGGAAAAUAUCACAGGUCAUAUGGGAGGACCACAGGACGUCCAAACAACGCCGGCUACCUCAGAUGUGCAACGGAUGGACAGGCCUAUAGAAUACAAAGGAGAUCCAGUGGAUGCCCCGGCGUUGGCAGCGAAAAACCUCAGUGAGGCGGUAGCCCCGAUUAAUCCUGCCGAGGCGCACGAAGCCGGGAAAAAGUACAUCAAUGCAGUCGCUGUGCUUGUGCGGCUGUCGAAGUCCCCCCGUGCACUCUCUGCCUUUUUUGUUACGAUUGCUUAUGGGAUAGUUUAUGCUAGUCAAGAACCUACCAUCCCGCUUCAUAUGCAGGCCCAGUAUGGAUAUGAUUCUGCGAGAGUUGGACUGGUGUUCAUUGCGUCCGUGGUGCCCAACUUGAUUUCCUCUCCUCUGGCCGGCUGGCUGGCGGAUACCAGAGGCGCAGAAUGGGUGGUGACCAUCAUGCUUUUGGCCUCUAUCCCUUGGUGGUUAAUACUCGCGAUCAACGGGCCAGUCGCGCUGUUCAUCGCCUCGUUCGCACUAGAGAGUCUAUUCGCAUCUGGUGCCUUGUCCCCCAUCACGGCGGAAUUGGCAUCUGUGGCACGGACUUUCGACGACAUCGGCUAUGCGCAUGUCUACGGCGCUUUUAAUAUUGCAUAUGGAAUAGGAUCUGCGAUUGGACCGCUCAUUGGGGGCCAGAUAUAUGAUCACACGAAGCGCGGAUGGCUAGCUGUGUGUGCGCUCGAUGCGGGCUUAAUAUUUCUUUCGGGAAUAUUAUCCUUCUACUACACUGGAGAGACAAGCCUGCUCAAGAGGACAGUGUCACUGCUCAGGACGAGAAACCGACCGACCAGAGCACCAUAACAGUCCACCAAGCUCUGCAUAGACAUAAUACUCAAUGAACGAAUGAACGAAAGGAAGUAGUACAACUCGGGCGUUGCGCCCAAAUAAAUGAUGAUUUG